AUGACUCUCACGCUUUACGCCAACCUCGUCAGUCAGCCGUCACGUUCUGUGGCGUGGGUGCUCAAGGUGAAGGGUGUGGAUUACGACCUUGUGACUGUGAACCCAGGCACUGAUUUCAUCAAGUCGGACGAGUUUCACGCCAUGAACCCCAAUCGGCUCGUGCCGGUCAUCAAAGAUGAUGGCUUUGUGCUUGCGGAAGGCUUGGCCAUCUUGCAGUACUUGUGCGACAAGCACGAAUGGACCGGCCCCAAAGAUCUGUACCCGAAGGAUCUGAAGGUGCGCGCCAAGAUCAACGAGUUCCUGCAUUGGCACCACACCAACACGAGACUCUUGACGAUCAACUUGUUGCGUCCCGAGUUCUUCAAGAAGCUCAAUAGCGCUUCGCCCGCGGACUUGGCUGCACUUGAAAAGAAGGAUGCUCUCAUCGAAAGGGUGUUUGGCUUGCUCGAGACGUUCUUGGUCAAGGAUUUCAUCGCGCACACUGACUUCCCCACGAUCGCUGACUACACGGCGUACUGCGAGAUCGACCAGCUCGAGGUCAUGGGGUACGAGUUCUCAAAGUACCCGAAGGUGUGUGCUUGGACAGCUCGCAUGAGGUCGCAGCCGUUCAACGACGAGAUUCACGAGGCGCUCAGGGGGUUCAUCAAGCAAUUUGACCUCACUGUGUAG